AUGCAAGUCACAUGGAUCGGCCAUUCCACCGUCCUCGCGCAGUAUGACGGGUGGAACGUCCUGACGGACCCCAUCUUCAGUGAGCGAUGCUCUCCCUCCCAGUGGGUCGGGCCCAGAAGGUAUCGAAGGGUACCCAUCCAAAUACAGCAACUGCCCCCGAUCCACGUAGUCCUUAUCUCUCACAACCACUACGACCAUCUCGACCUGCAGUCGGUCAAGGAGCUGUCUCAGCACUCACCCUCCUGUCUCUGGGUCGUCCCCCUCGGCAUGAAGCCUUGGUUCGACGACUUGAGAGUGUCGAGAGUGGUCGAGCUCGACUGGUCGGAGGAGGUGUUUGUACGCGACAGGCUGGACCCGGGCAAGCAGGCCCUCCGUCUCGUCUCCAUCCCCUGCCAGCACUGGUGCGCAAGAGGCAUCUUCGAUCGCAACAAGUGCCUCUGGUCCUCCUGGUACAGCACGACCAACCGCUCGAGCCUCUUCUUCGCCGGCGACACGGGGUUUAGCCCCAUCUUCACCCGAGCUGGGAAGCUGCUGGGGCCUGUGGACGUGGCGCUGCUUCCCAUCGGAGCGUACGGAGGGGAGGACGAGAGCUGGUUCCAUCGACCCAACCACAUGGAACCGGAGGAAGCAGUGCAGGCGCACGAUGACCUCCUUUCGCGGCUGUCGGUGGCGAUCCAUUGGGGUACCUUCCAGCUCACGAGCGAGCCUGUCAUGCAGCCCAAGGAGCGGCUGAUGGCGGCGCUGAGAAGGAGGGACAAGAGGCAGGACGAGUUCGUGUGUCUCGAACACGGACAGACGAUCCGAGCAAGCACGUCAAGCAAGUGA